AUGUUGGUUGAUCCAGGUAGCUCAACAAACACUAUUCAAUCGAGGGUUGUAGAGCAACUCGGCCUUCAGGAUCGAAUCGUGCCUGCAGCUAGAGUGCUCAAUGGUUUCAACAUGGAAAGUGAAGCCACCAAAGGGGAAUUCAUGUUCCCAGUAACCGUGGCCGAAACUAUCCAGGAUACGAAGUUUCAUGUACUCGAAGGUGAUAUGAGAUAUAACGCGCUGCUCGGGAGACCUUGGAUCCAUAAUAUGAGAGCGGUACCUUCAACGCUUCAUCAAGUAUUGAAGUUCCCAACGCCCAAAGGAAUCAAAACAGUGUACGACGAACAACCAACAGCCAAAGAGAUGUUUGCAAUUGAUGAGAGGAUACCAGUAUCGGCUCUAACAUCGACAAAGGGAACAUGA